ACCAGAACAGGCAACGCACUACUCGUUCGUAUCUUUAAGCUUGCUGCUGCAGCGUAAGAAAAAGCAGUCUGCACUCGGUCGGUCGGUCGCUCUGUUCAGCUAGCUGCAUGCUCGGCCACCAUAUCUCCUCCAGUACGUUCGUCGUUCUCCACGCCGCUAUCUGGUCUGCGGUAAGCAGCAGCUAGAGGCCGUUGUGUAGGCUACACAGAAGAUCAUCGAGGAGGAUGCUGGUGAAGAAGAACAACAGCACGGCGAUGGCGGCGGGCGUGCUGCCGCUGGCGUCGCUGAACCACAUCAGCAUCGUGUGCCGGUCGGUGGAGGCGUCGCUGCGCUUCUACGCGGACGUGCUCGGCUUCGUGCCCAUCCGCCGCCCCGGCUCCUUCGACUUCGACGGCGCCUGGCUGUUCAACUACGGGAUCGGCGUCCACCUACUGCAGUCGGAGGACCCCGGCAGCCUCCCGGAGAAUAAGGGCGAGAUCAACCCCAAGGACAACCACAUCUCCUUCCAGUGCGAGAGCAUGGUGGCGGUGGAGCGGCGGCUCAAGGAGAUGGGCAUCCCGUACGUGCAGCGCUGCGUGGAGGAGGGCGGCAUCAACGUGGACCAGAUCUUCUUCCACGACCCGGACGCCUUCAUGAUCGAGGUCUGCAACUGCGACAACCUCCCCGUCGUCCCGCUCGCCGCCGCCGCCGACCAGCGCGCGCCUGCCGUCCUCGGCGCCUGCAAGCGGGCCGCGGCGGCGGUCGGCGUCAAGCAGCAGCAGCAGCAAAGCAGCGGCGGCGCCGUGCCUUCUUCCGCCGCCCCGGCGGCGGCCGCGCAGCGCGUGCCGUCGGCGGCGCAGGCGCCCAUCGUCCGCGUCGCCGAGGAGUCGACGUCGCACAUUUCGUGCGCGUGAUUCUUCAUGCCAAAUGGCGAGGACGGUCAGUGUCGUGCCGGCCUGCCGGAUGCCGUCACCGCGACGGUGACCGCGCGCACUGCAUGUCUGCGUCGAGCCGUGACGAAGCAGGCACGAUGCGUCGAGUCACGGCAAAAAGCGUCUAGCGCGUCGUCUCUGUAUAUGCGAGUGCGUCGUCGUGUAGCUCCAUGUGCAAGCAAACUACUGCCCUUUUGUAGUAAAGAAUAAAACCAUGUGAA